AUGAACUACAAGCAUUUGAAGAAAAUCAUCAAAUCAAUCGACGCUGUCAAGGAGGAAGCUGAUGUAGAUGAGACCACAUCCCCUGAAUUGAUUCUGGAAACUUUGAGCUCCUUCUUUUUCGAGAUUGAUAGAAGUAUUGAAAAAGUUGAUGGGUUCUACAAUGCAAAGUACAAGGAGUAUGAGCGGAGAUUAACGAAAAUCAUUCAAGUGUUGGGAUACAAUGACAAUGUUGUUACUCACAAAGUUGAAAGUCAAGAGGAAUUGGAUGAAAUUGUUAAUAUCUUGAUUGAGUUACGAAUGUUGUUUCGUAACUUGAAAUGGUUUGGUGAGUUGAAUCAUCGUGGGUUCAUCAAGAUUUUGAAGAAAUUGGAUAAGAAAUUGUCGUCAAUUUUGAAUGAGGGUGGUGGGCACGUUAGUGAGAUUGAUAUUUCACGUAAUAACAAAGAGGCUUACUUGUCAACAAGAAUCGAUGCUUUACCAUUUGCAAAUGAAGCUGAAGUUGCAAACAACUUGGAAAUUAUCCAUCGUAUCUUGUUACAAUUGGGAACUAUGGGUUCAUCAAGUGAAGUCAAAUUGGAAACGUUAAAAGUAGAAAACAAUAUCGAAUCAUAUCAGUCGAUUUUGGAAGUUGAUGAUUCAAAGGCAUUGGAAGAGAUUGUUUUGGAUAACAAGACUGAAAAAUUCAACAUCUCCUUGCUCAACAAAGCCUCCCUCUUGAAUGCUGAAAAGUGCAUUGAUUUGAUUUGGAAGCAUUUAAACAGUUUAUACGAUGAGAAAGAUAUCAAUGGUCGAAACUUUUUCCAUCACAACGUUAUCAAUCUUGGUAAGAACCAAUUCAUCAAGGAAGAACAAUUGACUCCGGGAGAUCAGCCAAAUUGGUUGAUUGGUGGUGCCAAAGGUGCCGAUAGCAACAACAUCAACAACACUAGUGGAUUGUUGUACAUUUUGAACAAGUUGGAUGAUAAGAAGCUCUUGAUAGCUAAGGACCACUACAAUAGAACACCAUUACAUUAUGCCGCUCAAUAUGGGCUUGUUCAUGUGACAACCAUCUUGUUGGAUUAUUGCACCAAAUGGAAUCUAAUUGACCGCAAUGUGUCUAUUGAUAAUAUGGAAAUUUGGGGUGAUCAAGAGUACCUUACCCCCUUGCAUUUAUCAAUCAUUGGUCAACAUCCAAAGACCACUGAAGUGUUGAUCAAGUUCAAUAGUCCUAGGAAAUUGACAUGUCCCGAUUUGUUGUUAUUGUCAGUGAGGUUAAACUCCAGCCGCAUUUUGAACUCCCUCAUCACCGAUGGUCGUAUUGACAUUGAUUAUACCGAUGAGAACCACAAGAAUGAAACAGCCUUGUACAUUGCUGCAAAGAUGAAUCUUGCCCUGGUAGUUGAGUUCUUGUUAGAGUCCAAUGCAAACACUGAAAUUGGGGAACAAGUAUUUGGAUGGACUCCCAUCUUUAUUGCCGCUUGUGAAGGAUACAGCGAGAUUGUGAAAUUGCUCAAAGAAUUUGAUGCAAAUUACGACAUUGUUGAUAACUCUGGAUGGUUACCUAUGGAGCACGCGUGUUUGAGGGGUCACUUGGGUGUCGCUGAAUUGUUGGUGCCUCGUGAUCCAAAGCUUUUGCUUUAUGAUACAUAUCACCCAGAGAAUAAUGUCACGCGUGUGCCUAGUGAAGCAGCAAGUCCAGUAUUGCGCCCCAAGGAUGAUGCUAGUGCUCUUCCUACUAGCAUGGAUCGUUUACCUGAAGUGCACAAGAAUGCCGUUAAUGAAUUUUACAAGCAGUUGAAGAACUCAUCAUCCGGCAAUGUGUCCAGAUCUACAUCGCCAAAGAGAAGGAAACGGGUUAAGGCUGUUAAAUCAUUUGGCCAUAGGUAUCUUGGUGAAGAGGAGAGUUUGAUUUUGGUUACUUUGGGUACAACGGAUUUACGUGAUGAUCGUCCUCCAGUUGAGUUAAACAAGAUCUCGUUGGCGAAAUCAUUUGCAACUGAAUUGGACACGGCUUUGUCGUUGUCGAUUACGUGUCGUUACAAAUCAACUAAUCAACAAGUGGAGCCACCAGUAGUUAUAGAUUUGCCCUUGGAGGAUUAUCAUGGAAGUGCCACUGACCCAAUUUCCUUCAAGCUCACCAACAAUGUGUCAAUCGACGAUGUUAUCAUCACUUUUGACUUGAUCCCCACUUAUCAAGUCAACAAAAAAGUGUUGGGCAGAGCUAUCGCUCUUUUGAAAGACGCAUAUACCAAAGUUGGGCCUCAUUUACGUUCCUUGAACAACAACAUCACCAUCCCUAUUUUGGAAACUACAAACUUGGAUAUUUUGGGACUCAUUCGGUUCGAAUAUUUGCAAAUCUUGCCAUUUAAGCACCACGCCAUGUCGAUUGCUAGAUCCGACACCUAUUGGAAACAAUUGGUAUCUACCAGAGUCAUUGGUCAUCGUGGAUUAGGUAAAAACGUCAGCGGUAGACAAUCAUUGCAAUUGGGUGAAAAUACCGUUGAGUCAUUCAUUGCUGCGUCAUCGUUGGGUGCUUCCUACGUUGAGUUUGAUGUUCAAUUGACUAAAGAUUUUGUUCCUGUUGUGUAUCAUGAUUUCACAGUUGCUGAACUGGGGGUUGAUAUCCCCAUGCAUUUGUUAACUUUGGAGCAGUUUCUUGGCUUGAACAAGAAUGGCGAAAAACCAGUUCGCUCAGUUGAUGACGAAGUUUUGGUGAGAUCGAAGCCCAGAGCAAAGUCCACAUUUGAAUUGAAUGGAAUUCAAAAGGAUGACAUUGUUGAUAAAGACUUCGCUAAUCAAUUUGACGAACGCAUGAAGUUGACAAAGACUUGGAAAAGUAAAGGUUACAAGGGAAAUGCUCGAGGAAGCUCCAUCGCUUCCAACUUUGUCACCUUGAAGGAAUUGUUUAAGAAGUUGCCACAGAAUGUCGGGUUCAAUAUCGAAUUGAAAUAUCCCAUGUUGGAUGAAGCUGAACAAGAAAGUAUGGGUGAACUUGCAGUUGAUUUGAAUUUGUACUUGGACACUAUCCUCAAAGUUGUUUACGAUGAAAAUACAAACAACCGUCAUAUUGUAUUUUCGUCAUUCCAUCCGGAUGUGUGUCUUUUACUUUCAUUGAAACAACCAACCAUGCCAAUCUUGUUCCUUACCGAAGGUGGUACCGCCCCUAUGGCAGAUAUCCGUGCGUCAUCAUUACAAAAUGCCAUUAGGUUCGCCAAGAAGUGGAACUUGUUGGGAAUUGUAUCAGCUGCUGAAGCAUUAGUCAAAACGCCUCGUUUGGCGCAAGUUGUCAAGCUGUCGGGGUUGGUGUGUGUUACAUACGGUGUGGAGAAUAAUGAUCCUGAAUUGGCCAAGAUCCAAAUGAGAGCUGGUGUUGAUGCGGUUAUUGUUGAUAGUGUGUUGGCAGUUAGAGAAGGGUUGAGAGAGCACAAUGAUACGAGAAAGGAGUUCGAAGAUUCCGGUAGUGAGUAG